AUGAACUAUGGAGCUGGACCAUCACACCUACCUUCUUCUUCUUCUGAUGAUGAUGAAACAUUUUCUCAUUUUGUUGAACAAUGGGAGGAGGAUAUGAAACAAUGGGAGGAGGAGGAGGAAAUCUUAGCUCGUCUAUAUGCCUCUAAUAAUGAAAUAAUGGCUUAUUUCUCUAAAGAGGAAGAGAGGCCAAAACGUAUCGGGUCAGUUCCUGGUCAUUUGAAGAUUCCGAAUGCAGAGGAGUCUUUUCCUUCGUAUUGUCGACGCUGUACGAGUGUACGAGAGCACGAUAACUAUUUCGUACAGAAGGUGGAUGGUGUCGGCCAGCUUGGACUAUCUACUUUACAAAAAGUAAUAGCAGUAUUUCGUAUGUUGGCAUAUGGUGCACCGGCAGAUAGUACUGACGAAUAUGUAAGGAUUGGCGAGUCAACGGUAAUUGAAUGUUUGAAGAGAUUUUGCAGAGCAAUUGUAGAAGUGUAUGAAGAUGAAUAUCUUAGAUCCCCCAAUACCGACGAUGUUGCAAGACUGUUACAAAAAUGCGAAGAGCGAGGUUUCCCAGGAAUGUUGGGAAGUCUAGACUGUAUGCAUUGGGAAUGGAAAAACUGUCCAACAGCAUGGGCGGGACAAUACUCAGGACGUCACGGAGGCCCAACUAUUAUUCUUGAGGCAGUAGCAUCGUAUGACCUAUGGAUAUGA